AUGUUCGUCUUACUACCUCUGAUAUGGGUUACAUCUCGCCCCGCUCAAAUAGUCCUCGCUACUCUCCUCAUCAUUAUCGACAUAAUGCGUAUCGACCUCAUCUUCCUCCUCGUUCGUGGCCGCAUCCAUGAGUAUCGCCAGAGGCGACAAGAAAGGAUCAAGGGCUUGCAAGCGUGGGGGUUCAAGGGCUGGCACAGGAUGCCCGAUGUGAAUGGCGGGGGAGCGGUGCCGGUGGUGAAUAUUGAGCAUGCUACCAAGAGACUGGGGGCUUUUUUCGUCAUUGUCCUGGGCGAGAUGGUCAUCCGCGUUGAAUAUACGGCUGCGAAGGGCGAGAUGGGUGUCUCGCAUGAGUUUGGGAAGGCUGCUUUGGGAUUGAUGGUUGCUUGGGCGCUGAAUUACUUGUAUAUGCUUCCCAGCGAGCCUUCGGCCGAGUACGAGCAUGCACUUCGAAGGAGUUGGCUGACCGGCGUGUUAUUCAACUUCUUCCACUGGCCUCUCAGCGCAUCACUGGUACUCGCUUCGGCAGCGUGCGGGAAGAUGGUUGCGAACGAUGAAGUCGAGGUCGGUGUUCGUUGGUAUUGGGGAUGCGGAGUAGGCUUCGCCAUGCUGUUCAUCGCUCUACUCGAUCUUACUCACAAUGAUCUUGCUCCGGGAGAAGCGCGUAUCCCGCGGUCUAUUCGCGCUGUUCUAUGUCUCGCGGCGGCUCUAUCCCUCAUACUCUUCUCCUUUGGCACCGAGCACAUGCCUUCGACCGGUAUCCUCGCUAUCACCGUCGGCGUCACGUGGUUCACCCUCGCCGUCUCGAUCUACGGACAGCUGCCGAAGCCGGGAGGAGUCACAACGCAGGAACGGGAACAGCUGAACAGGAGGAGGGAAGAAGCAGAAAGGAGGUCCGUGGAAGUAGUAGAACCGGUCGGCGGGUCUGGCCAAGAGCGAGAGCGCGAGAGGCAAGGUCUCAUUUGA